CGACUAGUCUGAGACGCUGAACGCGGAGUGAGAUUUUUUCAAGCAAUUAAAUAUGUCCGAUAAAAACGUAGCCUUAUAUUAGCUAAACUGGGCCACACAUGAUCGAAUCUUGCGUUUAAAAAAUAAUUUGCCUUCAUUUUAGUUGAGAACCUGGAUUGUAUAUGAUUCUGCAUUGUGUUUUAAGCAGGAUACAUGUAUUGUCAUAGAAUCGAAAGUGGGAUUUCCAGACGCCAUCUUAGAUAGAGAAACAGCUCGAAGGAAAUUUCAUAUUGGCCUGACGCUCUGAGAGCCCCGUGCUGAAAUGUCAAAGUGAAAAGAUACAUUUCCUGGACCUGCAGAUAUGGCAGGACCCACCUACAACUACGGGGCACCUAGCUCUGUAAACUUGUUUCCAGGUGCCAGUUUGGUCAAUCAUGGUGACUUGUCAAUUACUUGUGCAUGUGCAGAUGCUGCACGGAAUGAAACUCUGGUAAACACCAUUCGAGAUGAACUUCAUAGCUUUGGGAAGGAUCUUCUUACAGAAGUUCAAGUGAGACAACGAAAUGAAGAUAAACAAUCAGGACCCACAAGUUCAAAAAAGGACAAAGAUUGUGAGGGAACAGAAAUUAUUUCAACAUUACUACGAACAAGCAGUAAAGGGAUGGACUAUGAAGAUUUGGAUAGAGAAGUAAAACUUGUUUUGAGUGAACAACAACCUUGUUUUAAAUCUUUUCAAGAAUUCACAAAUUUGUCUUUGUAUGACUUUUUAAUGUACAAAUCUGAUACAUUUGAAUUAAAAAGACUUCCAAAAGGCUGCAGACGUGUAAAAUUGCGUAACAAAGGAAUCGCAAAACAUACUUUGCACAAGGCAGAAAGCGGCAUUCUAACAUCAAAGUGUACCAAUAUGGAUCUUGGAUUUAGAAUGGAUUCUUCAACAAUUAUAAAAGAGAAAUCUGAAGAUAGAAAAGAACAUAAUGAUCAAGGCAUACAGGUGCUGACAAACCCCACCACUUCAGCACAAACUCAUGAAACGCAAAAUGAGCCAAAUGAAAGUAUUGUUACGAACGUCAAAGACGUAACACAAAAUAAACAGGUGCUGACAAACCCCACCACUUCAGCACUAACUAAUGAAACGCAAAAUGAGCAAAAUGAUAGUAUUGUUAUGAACGUUAAAGACGUAACACAAAAAGAACAAAUCAAAAUUGAUAUUCCAGUAUGUGAUGUUAAAAACUCCGAUAAUGAACAUCAGGACAAUGGUGAGCAAAAUAUUCCAGAAGUUGAGGAAUUUUUAAAAGAUGUCAAUAAUUUUUCAAGGGGAAGUUUUGUUUUAAUGGCUGGUGAUAUCCCUUAUACCAUUGAUUUAGACAGUAUCGGUUUGGUACCGUGGGUAGCAGUGUUAGACUUUGAUCCGUUAAGCAAGGAAAAAGGCUUACUGAAUAUUGUUCAGCCGGUUAUUAGUUCAAAUCGUAGCCUUAAAGUUACUCAACUCGGAGAGAUUGUUGAUAAUCUAGCAGAAACAGCUACACGAUGGUUUCUAUUUAGUGACAAGCAGGACAGUAUUUUGUCAAAAUCGCUUAGCGAAGAAACAGUGACUGUAGAUGCCAAUGGCUGGUUUAGAAAACAUAAAGAAUGGAUCAAAGACCCACUGCGCAAGAUUGAAAAGUUUGCAAAUGAUCUUAGAACUAUCACGGUGAUUUUACUUUGGCCUCAAAAUAUUGAACUAGGAAAACGGAUGGUUAGAGUCUUGAAUAGCCUUAAUGAUGAGUUGGGUUCCACACCAAGGUUAAUGCUAUGUAUUCAAAGUGACGCACUCGAAGAAGUACCAGUGUCAUUUGACUAUUUAAAAGAAAUAUUUCAAACAAAUUUAAAGACUUACAAAUUAGAUAUGAGAUAUCUGUGUUCCGCUUUACAAAGAACAUUGAUUGGCACAACUCCAAAAGACUCUUUCAGACUACCAAAUGGAAAAGACACAGAUGAAUGUAACAUUUCUCCAAUGGAUGCAGCAUGGCUUUCAGAAGAUCUUGAUGUUUUAUAUAUGAAUCAGCCAUUUAAAAACGAAACCACCAAAGAUGAUCAGGUGAUUGCACACAUUGAAGAGUUUUAUAAAGGCGGGACAUUAGAAUGUCCAUUUUGGUAUUAUGAGCUGGUUCGUGAAGCUGUUGUGCAAAGAGACAUCCAGAAGGAUAUUGAAGGUAAACUUAAACAACGCCUUAACAAGACAACAAAACCUUCACAUCUGACAUUGUACCAUGCUCCUGGAUCUGGAGGAUCAACGAUGGCACGAUCAAUUUUGUGGAAUUUGCAUUCAGAAUUCAUUUGUGUAAAAAUAAAAUUGAACCCAGCAUUUGCACAGAAAGAGUUCGAGAAACGAAUUGAAUUUUUGCACGCAAAGUCUGACCUGCCAGUCCUGCUGCUUGUAGAUGAAGAAGUAAAGAUGUCUUCUUUGAUCAAACGAUUACCAAACACUGUUAUCUUUUUUGUUCAACGAUUAUUGUAUGAUGAGACGCCAAUUGAUGAUACUGAUAUUGUUUUCUUAGCCGGAAAAAUUACACCAAAAGAAGCACAGUUAUUGUGUUUGAAGCUUGAACCAAAUUGCCGGGAUGAAAAACAGCGGAAACGCCUAAGACAGUUAAGAGAAAAAGUCAAAACAGGACACAAGCGCCUUUUGUAUGAGUUUGGUAUGACUGUGUACCAACAUGAAUUUAAAGGAAUUGUGUCAUUCGUGAAAGGACAUUUGAGACUCGGACAAGACAAUGUACUUUCUCUUCUACCAGAGCAGAUUUGCGUUGGCUUUUUGGCACUUACAGAUUAUUAUGGCCACACAAGCGUACCAUGCCAUUUUUUUGCAGAAUUGUUAGGACAAAGAUGUGAGUGCAUACAAGGCAUGGAAGAUCUUCCAGCAAUUAUAAGAGAACUAGUUGUAGAAGAUGAAACAACAAGAAAAGGCAAUGUUCGCAUUCGUCACUGGUUGGUAUCGAAAGAAAUUCUAGAACAAAUUCUUUCUAGACAGCUUCUAGUGGCUCAUCAUACUGUAAGAAGUAGUGAUCUCAGUAGUCCGGCAUGCCAGCAAUUAAUGACUUUGGCAAGAGAUUUCGUUGUUUAUUCUUCACAACAAAACAACUUGCGAUCAUCUUGUCUACGGUCUAUCUUAGUAAAAACUUUCAUUAUCAGAGAAAAACUUUGCCGCACGGAAAACGGGAAGAGGAAAAAAUCGAUUGUAUCAAGGCUUUUAACAGAUAUACCUGGAGACCCACCCCUUUUCACAGAGCGCUGUAUGAUUUUACAACUACUUGUAGAAAAAUUUGAUCGCAACCCAAGUUUUCACGCUCAUCUGGGUAGAUUUUAUGCAUAUUGUAGAAACGAAUAUGAACAGUCGGAAAUUUGCUUCAGAAAAGCACUGGAGAUAUGUGAUGAGUUGACAAAUUGUACCGAAACCCAGGUUGAUGACAUUAUUCGUUUAGAAAUUAUGCAUAUCUACCAUAUGUAUGCUACAUACCAAUCCAGAAGUUUGAAAAAGGAUCUUAAAACAAUGACGGUCGAACAAGUUAUUGGAUGCGCAUCUGAAGCAUGCAAAUAUUUUGAAAAAAGUAGAAACAUUGCACCAAAGAGUCACAUCUUGGAAACGUUCCAUUAUACGGAUGAGGUUAAGGUGCGACUUUUGGCAUGUGAAGUAGUUCAACAAAUGCAAGUAAACAAUCUAGAUUUUAGAAAAGUAAACAUGGAUAAGGAAGUUAACUUUUUGGCUUAUUGUGUAGAAAUCAUUCCAUUAUUAAUAAGAAAAUGUGCCCAUGGAGAAAUGCUGCAACCAGACGUUGUUAAUAUUCUCACCUCACAAGAACAAAAAUACAAUACAAUUUUCGGCGAUCAUCAAAUUAAUUUGAUUCAGAGGCUAUCACAAUUAGGCUCCAUAAGCAAACGACGGCUUCAAAUACUAUCAAAGUCAAGGAGUACAAUGGGUGCUAACAAACAGGAUAUAAUUGAAAUUGUGCAAUUGUAUGAAGACAACUUUCGGGAAAUGUCAAUACGACGAAACACAAUUUCAUAUGCUGAUAAGGACCAAAUUAACUUUGACUUUUUGGAGUGGUUAAAUGCAAUUCGCAGCGAGGUGUUUGAGUUUACUUUAGAAGAGGUUUUGUUGAAAGUCAAGUUGUGGAAGCAACUCACUGCAUCCAACAUAUCUCGGUUCUAUAUCUUUGUUUGCUACAGCCUUCUCGGGUUUGGAACAGACACUGGUCUUGUAAGAAGUGACUGUAUUGACAAAGCUUUCGUUGAGAGAACAGAAAUACUGAAAAACAUUGACCAAGGUGGUAUGCAUGUAUACAGGUGCGAGUGGCUAGCAGAAACAGGUCACGGAAUAAAGCGGCUGACACCAGAUUUUAGUUUCCCUCCAAGGGAAUUUUUCUCGUUACCUGGUCGAAAUCAUGAAAGAAGUUUAUACGUAUGUACAGGGAAAAUAGCUUCUCCCAAUUCCAACAAAUGGUUUGGGAAAAUACUGCUUAACUUGGAUAUCAAUAAGAAUGUGUCUGCUCGUUUUGUGCCGCAUUUUAAUGACCUUGAAGGAAGAAAAUUUGAAGGGCAAAGUGUAGAAUUCAAUUUAUUGUUCACAAUGAAAAAUGGAUACGAAGCCCACAACGUUAAACUCAUGAGCAGUCAUCAAUGUUUUAAGUGUAGAAGGUCACUAGAAUUUACAAGCAAGCAGGAUGGGGCACAUUGCCCCUGUGGCAACUACGUCGAUAAAAAUGAACUGAAUUGGUCCGGAGGACGAAGGGUUUACUGAUUCGGUAUGACUGCAAAAACCAUAAACACAACACAUAUUUUUCUUUGUGGAAUAAUUAUCAAAUGAUAAAAAAUCAUAAAUGAAAAUGAUAACACAGUGUCAAAGCUCAUAUGUCACAUUUAGAGGACAAUGGUAAAAUGUGGGUGUUCAUCACACAAUUGUCAAAUAACUGACAACCAAUGUUCACCAUGUGGAGACACCGUUUCGUCUACAUAUGGAACACUUAAGAGGUCAAAUUCGGGAAGGAUGCCAUAUCCGCACAUUAACUUGGUAUAAUUGAUCAAACAAUUGUGCAAUAACUCAGAAAAAGACGAGCAUCCGUUUAUACCCGUUUAUACCAAGUAGCUAGGUUCCAUGUUUGGCAUUUUUAAUUCAAUUAUAGAGUUGCAACUAAAUAAAAUUGAUUUAAAUGGUGGAGUCAACAUACAGAUAUAGACUUGUCCCUCUGUGUUCACUUCUUUUUUUCUUAAUUGGAAGCUUAUGUAUGUGAAUUCAUACAUUGUGUACAUUAAUUUAUUCCCCAAAGUUAAAUUGGGAUCAUUGUUCAUUGUGUAAUAAAGAGGUUUGAUUUGUCGCGAGUCGAAUUUUUGAGUGAAAAUCAGAUUGCUGGGUUAGAAUGGCUAGGUUGGCAGUUAAUGUGCAUUUAGCAAAGUCUGUUAGUAUACUUUAAUCAAGAUUAAUGGGAGAUUUCAGUUAGUCUACUUGCGACAGUAUAAAUAAUGAUAUUUUUGAUCAUUGUGACUUCAUUAGUUAUUAGAUUUGAGUGAACAUGUGUUACUGUAUUUUGUUUACGAGAUUUCUUAUUUCCCUAUUUUCUCCUUUUCUUAAAGUGGGCUUAAAACUAGAAUUUGUUUGGUGAUCUGCACAAACAUGUAUAUCCAAAAUAUCAUUUACAUAUAUGCAUUUUUGUUAAGCCAGGACAGAUGUUACAUUAUGUCGAAAUCCAACAAGUUUUUUUUUAAUGUGGGUUGUUUAAGUUCUAACUUUUUGUAAAUCCAUUUGUUUUUCCUGUCUUUAACAUUUUAUGUUUUGCAUUUUCAUUUUUCAAGAUGAGAUGACUCUUUGGUUAAUUUCUGGAUAAUUCAGCAUGUUUUUUUUCAUUUAUCAAAUCGUUUGAAACCUUCAGGUUUGUUUGUUAGUGUAAGUGAUAUGUACAAUAGCUUUCAAACCAAACAUUUCGAUGUUAUUUUAUUUUUUAAGCGUGUAUUGUGGUAUAGAAUAAUAUAAAAAAAGCGUGGGAUUAUCUCCUCCAUCUGUCUGUCCGUCCGUCCUGGCCACUAUCUCCUCCUACACUAUCAGCAUUCGAACCUUGAAACUUACACACAUGGUAGCUAUGAGCAUAUGUGCGACCGUGCACUAUUUGGAAUUUUAAUCCUAACCCUGGAUCAAAAGUUAUGGGGGUUGGGGUGGGGCCGGGUCAGAGAUUUUCACUCAUUUUUUAUGUUAUUUUACAUAAACUUCUUUAUUUCUACACCGAUUUACUUCAAAGUGAUACUGACCAUCUCUUAUGACAAUACGGUCAAUCUCAACUUUGCAUGGCCCCAUUACUAACCCUGGGGCGGCCCUGGGUAAAACAUGCGCCGUGGGGAUACGCGUCGGCCUCUGCCGCGCCAUUUCUAGUUAUUAUCGUUUUCUUUUUGUUUAUUUUUUAAUUCAACCGGACUGGUAUGCUUUUGACAAUUGUAUUGUAUUAUAUUAUGUCUUCAUUAUAUAUUUCAUAAAGAUUAAUCAUAUCUUUAAAAGUAAAACUAUAAACGUUUAAAAAGUUAGACAGGUUUCCUUAGUUCCAUGAAAUGUUUAAAUAAUGUAUUGCACAAGUCUCACGUUAUCGCAAAUGUCCCUUCCUUUGAUGAAUCUACUUUUAUUUGUACAGAUAAUAUGAUUUAAGAGAGGUUUUAUGCGAUGCGAUUUGCAAUAGUUUUACAGCUAUUUUGUAACCAUAGUUUUAAAGGCCUCCAGGGUGACAUAUCAGGUCCUAGGGAGUAAUUAUGCUUUGUUUUAUGCAAUCCUCUUAGGCUAUUAAUGUAUGUUAUAAAAUGAGCUAACAGCAUAUUGCUUAAUAUCUGUCUAAAAUAUUUUAUUUAAAAAAGGCAAAGAAGCCUUCUGGGGUGGUAUUCCAGAAUCAUCUUAAGUCAUUUCUGAAAUAAUGUCACUUAAAUUCAAAAUUACUUUGUUUUGUAUUUCUUUACUAAAUAAGGAAACACGUGUUUUUUGGUAUUCAUAAAAUAACAUUGGCAUUAUGAUGUUAUUUAAAUGUAUAUCUUGAUGCCAAUAUAUUGCAAUAUGAAAUGAAACACUUAAGAAAAUUUCCCAAUUAAAUGAUAAGAAUAUAAUUUAGCUUAUGAUGCUUCUGGAAUACGACCCCUGAUCAUGGAUGUUUAUGCCCCCCACCACAUAUUGUUUUUGCCUUGUCUAUUGGUCUGUUGGUCUGUUUGUUUGCCCCAACUUUAACAUUUUGCCAUAACAUUUGCAAUAUCGAAGAUAGCAACUUCAUAUGUGGCAUGCAUGUGAAUCUCAUGGAGCUGCACAUUUUGAGUGGUGAAAGGUCAAGGUCAUCAUUCAAGGUAAAAAAAAAUCAAAGCGGCGCAGAAGGGGACAUAGUGUUUCUGACAAACACAUUUCUUGUUUUAAUUGUUUAUUUCUGGCAAUGCCUUAUCGCAUUUAUACUUUUUAAGAUACUUUUGUUCAUUUUGAGUUUGUUUUGAUCUUAUAUUAUGACUUAUCAUGGUAUAGAAUCAUUCAGAAUUGUUUAUAUUAAUAUUGUUUCUUUGCAAAAAAAAUCUGUCAAAGUUUGCAGUAUGAUUUGUAUAAAUUAUGUAUAUUUCGUUUAUUUGUUAUCACUGUGGCUUUAUUCGUUACUAGAUUUUAGUGUAAAUUUGUUGCUGUAUUUUGUUUUAAGAGUUUUCUUAGUAUUUGUUUGGUGAUAUACACAUAUGUCCAAAACAUCAUUUCAAUUCAAAAUUUCAAUUUAAAUACACAUAAAGUGAUUACUUGUUUCACAAACUUUUUUCAAUAUUUAAGAUAAGAUGGCACUUUGGUUAAUACCUUGUGCGUUAGUCUGAGUGAUGUAUGCAAUAGCUUUCAAACAUUUGUGUGUUUCUUUUAUUUUGUUAGCCGUGUAUUGUGGUAUGGAAUAAUUAUUAUCAUUUUCUUUUAGUUUAUUUUUCCAUUCAAUCAGACUGGUAUUGCUUUUGAUAAUUUUAUUGUAUUACCGGUAUAUGAUUUCUGAAUUAUCAAUUACAUACAGAUUAAUUAUAUAUUUAAAACUAUAAACUUUAAAAAAAUGAUACUGGUUUAAUUAUUUUCAUCAUUUUUUAAAAUAAUUUAUUGCAAAAGUCUUUAAUUUUUGAAAAUGUACCUUCCUUUGAUGAAUCUGCCUUGAUUUUUACGGAUAAUAUUAUCUAAGAAAGGUUUCCAAUGGGUUUAAAAGAUAUUUUUUAAUCAACAUUUAAAAGUGAAAAACUGGCCUCCAUGGUAUCUUUUCCGGUCCAUUGGAGUUAUUAUGCUUUGUUUUUGCGAUUCAGUUUGGUUAUUGAUGCCUAAUAUUAUACAAGAGCUACCAACAUUAUGCUUAAUAUCUGUAUAUGUUUUAUCAAUAAAUUGAGAGAUGCAUCUGAAAAUUGACUUAUUAACAUUGUGUAUGUCUAGCAAUACCUUAGCGAAUUUAUACCAUUUAUAUAUUUUUGUUCUUUUUGCGUUUAUUAUGGACUUAUAUUAUUGCAUAUGUUAGUAUAGAAUCGUUCAUAAUUGUUAAGAGCAAUAAUAUUUUCCUUUUUGAAAGAUUUUUUAUGAAAGUUUGCAGUAUGAUUUUAUAUGUCUGUUUAAUCUUGUAAUACUGUAUUAUUAUUAUUUUCAGUUGUUGUAACAUUUUAGCUUCUGCUUGCCUUUUUUAGAUUUGCAUAAUACUUGGUGUUCUUUUAAGAACCUACAACCUAUUGUCUUUUUAUAGCUUGUAGCAGUAUUCCUUUCAUAAUAUUUUCAAUUUUUCAUUUAGAGUAUUUGAUUCACUUUUUGAUUCACACAGUUGAAUGCAAUUUUCUAAAUCAUUACUGUUUACUAGCCAUUGUCGUUCUAAUUCAAGUCAAUGAAAUGUACUUUGUAAACUUUUUUAGCUCAACUAUUAUAUAUGAAAUAUAUAUAGCGGAGCUAUCCUACUCACCCCGGCGUCGGCGUUCCCGUUAGCGUUAGCGUGCACAUGUUAAAGUUUGCGUACUACCCCAAAUAUUUCCUAUGUCUCUUGACACAUUGCUUUCAUAUUUUGCAUACUUGUUUACCAACAUGACCCCAACCUAUAAACAAGAGCAGACAACUGUAUCAAGCAUUUUGCAAGAAUUAUGGCCCUUUUUUCACAUAGAAUAUGCAUAUUAUUGAUAAAUCUAUGUUAAAGUUUGCGUACCAUCUCAAAUAUUUUCUAUGUCCUUUAACAUAUUGCUUUCAUAUUUUGCAUACUUCUUUAGCAACAUGACCUCAAUCUUUAAACAAGAGCAGACAACUGUAUCAAGCAUUUUGACAGAACUAUGGCCCCUUGUAUACUUAGAUAAUUGAACAUUUGGUUAAGUUUUGUGUUUUGGUCCAUUUGACUCCUAAAGUAUCAUAGCUAUUGCUUUUUAGACUUGGGAAACUCGCUAACUAUCGGAAGGGGACUGUACAGGGCAAGUUGCAUAACUCUGGUUGGCUUUUUAACGGAAUUAUGGCCCUUUUUUGUCUUUGUAACUUUGAAUAUUUUGUUAAAUUUUGUGUUUAGAUCCACUUUACUUCUAAAGUAUCAAGGCUAUUGCUUUCAAACUUCAAAUACUUUCAUAAUGCUACUGUACCUGGCAAGUUGAGUUUGAUCUUGACCUUUGAAUGACCUUGACUCUCAAGGUCAAAUUAAUAAAUUUUGCGUAAAUCGCCAUAACUUCUUUAUUUAUGAUCACAUUUGAUUCAUACUUUGACAAAACAACACUUACCUGACAUACCACAAUGGACUCCACCCAAACCAUCCCACACGCUCCACCCCAGAAUCCCCCCUCCCAAAAAAAAACAAUUCUUUUUUUCCUUUUUUUUGAAAGAUAAUCUAUUAAAUGACCACACACCCACAUUAUACCCCCCUCUCCAAGAUGGCUUACGUUAUACUGUCAAGCACUGGAAUAGUCGAGCGCGCUGUCCUCUGACAGCUCUUGUUAUGUGGAUCUUUUAAACGCAAUUUAUCAUAGAUAAUUUUGUUAUAUCAUUUUGUAUAGUUUUCGUUACAUUUUUUUAUUUAUAUCUUAUGAACCGUUCCAUUAUCUAAAUUAUGGUUUAAAACGAUGUUAAAAUCCCCUCCAAAAAUAGUGAAUGAUCAUUAAACAUGUGUGUAUGCCUACCAAAUGUAUUACAAAAUCAGUAUUAUCUGUGUAAGGACUAUAACUAUUAAACUUACCGGUAAUUAGUUUUUCUUAUAUUUCUAUUUUCAAUUUUUGAUGCUUACACAAACUAAUUUUCUGAUAUUAUACCAUAUUUUUAUUAAACUCUGAAUAUUUCUUUAUAAAAAUACCAACACCUAGAGAGAAAGAACAAGUGCUGCUUAAGAAAAGGUUUCCUCUCCAUUGCCUAUCCCACGUCAUGUUAUCUACAUCUGCGUGAGAGUGUUCUUCCUGAAUAAAGCUCAUAUUGAAUUUGUUUUUCUUACGCCGUUGAAACAUAAUAGUAUGAUUUGUUCAUGACACUAAUCUCGUUGUCUCUAUCUUGUUUGCCUAUGUGUUUUUCUGUCACAAGGACCAAUGAUUGAUGUCAAUGUUGGCUUUGGAUAGGUUCAGGUCACUGUAAGCGUUUUAUGUUUGUUUAACCUAUUUAAUGGUAUGCUUCAGUUUUCUCUUUCCUUCGAAAUGUAUGUUUUUGUCUGCUGUAAUGUUCUGAUUUACUUAUCUGAAGAUCUUAUAUUAGCAGAUUCUUGACAUUUCAUUUAUUACGGCGCUCACCAUCGACCUUUUGUAAGUGUAACUACUUAAAUUGUGUGCUUGUCUUGGCGUUUUCGGCAUCCUUUUCAAAGAGCACUCGUUGGACGACUGUAUUAAGUUAUUCUUUUCUCAGCUCGAUAAAAACUUUCAUGUACAAGCGCCUUCAGCUUUUUACAAUCCGUCAUUAACGCAUUUUUAAGUUUUUCGUUGAUGCUUUUCAAUAGUGUGACUAUAUUGUAUGUCACUUUGCCUGACCCUGGGCUUGCCUCACUCUGAAAAUUUGAUUCUUUUUCUUUUGCACUACAUUGUUCACAAAUGAUUUUCAGCAUGAAAUAUCCCUGCUCCAUUUAUCUCCGGCCUUCAUCAUCAUGCCCUUUGUAUCUUGUUUCAUUUGUGCAUAGCUGUUUAUUAUCCCCCGCCAUAGGCGGAGAGAUAUUGUUUUGGUGUUGUUCGUCCGUCCGUCCUUCCGAUUUCCGUACGUCCGUCCGGAACUUAUGUGUCCGAAGUCAUACCUUAGAAGUGCUUUGGCGGAUUCCAUUGAAACUUGGUAGGAGUAUAUAUAUAUGGAUAAGAGGAUGAUGCACGCCAUAUUGCAUUGUACACCAUCUGUUAAUAACGGAGUUACGGCCCUUUGUAUCUUAAAAAAAUGCUUUUUUAGUGUCAAAUAUAACUUUUUUUUGUGUCCAGAAGCAUGUUGGCGGGGGAUAUAAAUUCAAUGAAUUUGCUUGUUAGAAAUGUUCUGCAUGUUGUAGAUUUCCUCUUUAUUAAGAAUGUAUACGUUCUUUUAUGGUUUAUCAAUCUUAUACUACUAUGCAGUCCGACCAACACCUGUGACACUAUUUUGUUUUAAUUUGUAGUUGAACAAAUAAAUCGUGUGAUAAAUACACAGUACGUCCCGUGAAUUAAUCGUAUAUGAGGUGCACAAUGGAGUCACCUAUUCCUUAUGGUUACUGCAUUCCAUCUUGCUUUUGAUGUUUUUUCAUCAAUACAACUUCACGAUUAUAGAGGAAAUGUAAGUUAAAUGUUUACUAGUUGGUUAUGUCCAUAUGUCAAAUAUGGUCUGUCUCAUAUUAUAUACUUUUACAAAUUGAUCAGUUGCUCGCUCGAUUUGGGCCCGAGCGGAAGAAGCAGAGCGAAAAAAGAUCAUAUAUACAUUAAAAAUUUCUGCCAAACCAUUUGCCGUUUUAAACUGAAACCAUUUGGUGACAUUUCAUAGUAAGAACUAGUGGCCGCUAAGAGAUAAAAAUCUACCAAAAUAUUUACAACAUAAAAAGUAAGGGAAAAUGACAUCUUUGUUGACAUGACCAAACAGCUAAAUGCUUCAUUAUAGAAUAGCUGUAUGGUGCACAAAUAGUGGCUGCAUAGGAGGCAAAGUAUUUUUUUUUAAUUUCACUUACCUUUUUUAAUUGAAGCAGAAAAUCAGACGAACAUCUGAUCAAUUUGUUGUUGCCUUAUUUAUAAUGAUAAAAUGUAUUUUGUUAAUUUGUCAAUGCAUGAAUAAAAUAUUGAACAAUACAAAAAUAUCUUGCAUUCCAUUAAAUCCAUUUAAUUAACAGACAGACAAACAUACAUUUUAUUCAGACUUAUACAACAGUAUAUGGUCUUCAUACUUAAAUUUACUUGAGGCAUGCGCUAUUUUCAAGCAAAGAUUUGGAGUGUUAGACAAAUAUCGUUUCACAUGAGUUAUACAUUUUAUAUGUUUCUGUUUACACAUAAUGCAGUUAUACAAAAGUUAUACAUUUUAUAAAGUUCUGUUUACACGAAAUGCAGUUAUACAAAAGUUAUUUAAGUAUUAGAAAAUCAUGAAUUUGUGUUGUAGUAUUGGAAUGAAAUUUCACAGCAUUGCACAUUUCAUAGUUCAGAUAUAUUUUUAGAUGACAUUCACAAUUAUGGUUUUAUUAAAAGUCUUCUGUAUAAAUGUUGUUUCAUGUUUAUUUCUGUGUUGUAUGCUUUACAAUUCUUAAUUGGUAUCUUAUAUACAUGUACCAUAUA